UACCAACAGGUGAUCAAGUUCCCGGAAACCAUGGAAGAAGUCAGAACGGCACAGGUCGAUUUUUUCAACCUCGCUGGAAUGCCCAACGUUGUCGGGGCCGUCGACGGGACUCACGUUGAACUGCAUGGGGCUCCCCUUCUAGACGACGAGUACAUCUAUACUAACCGAAAGGGCAAGCACUCCAUAAACGUCCAGCUUAUUUGCAAUGCGAGGUACAAGAUAACCAACGUGUGUGCAAGAUGGCCUGGGAGCACUCACGACAGCCGAGUAUUGAGGAACAGUCGCAUUGCAUGGAGAGCGUUUCGCAGACGGAGAGCUACCUGGCAUCUUGGUUGGAGAUUCCGGCUACCCCCUCCAGCCUUGGCUAAUCACCCCACUACGGGACCCACAAGGCAAUGCUGAAAGAAAUUACAACAGGGCACACUGCAGAACACGUGUCACCAUAGAACAAUUGAAUGGGCAAUUGAAAAACAAAUUCAGGUGCCUGAUGGGACAAGGGAUCCAGAUGUCUGCACCAAGAGCAUGCGACAUCAUAAUUGCCUGUGCCGUGCUCUUUAACAUCGCCAAAGACCUU